GCGCUGCAUCAAUAUUGCAUUAGGCUGAUAUUACAGUCAUUUGGUCGUCGCCGGUGAAAGUGCUCUCAUCAUGUGCGUGCGUCUGGGCGCAGGCGUCUCAUACAUGUGCGGUCCUGCAGGUGAGCGCGGCAGACCACGUGGAGCCCGCAAAUGUCACACAGACUAAUUUCCCAGUUGGCCCCGACGUGGGCGCGUGCCUCCGCGAUCGUGCACGUGCGUGCGAGCCGCGGAGCACUGAUUGCGUAACGCGUUCCGCGGCUGAGCACGCGUGCGAGGCGUAAGGUCGCUUUAAGAGACAUCCGCCUCCCCGUCGGCCGGAGACUCUCACCUGAUGCGAAGCGGCGCUCCGAGUGCCCACAACGCGGAGGAUUUGGGGCGCGGUGCGCACACUCGGCGGAGCGCAGGAGCACGCGGGACUCCUCCACCUGCUGGGGGAGUCCGAGUCGGUGCGGGCAGAGAGACAGACACCCGCUGGAUGCCGGACGGCCGCGCGGAGCCGAGAAAACAAGAACGCCUGUUGCGACUGCCGAAAUAUACGGACGAGGGGAGGCUGCUGCUGAAACCGCGAACGAUACUCAUGAACUAAUUACAGCGCUCGUGACACGACAAAUCACUUCAAUCAGCCCCCGGCCCCUGGAGCCAGUCCAUCAUGGAGCUGCAGCAGAGCACCAAUCACAACCAGGCCGUGUGCAAGGAGAUCCCGUGGGACUUCACGGAGGACUGCCCCCCCUCGCUCAGCGCCACCACCCUCCUCAUCGUGGCCUACGGCGCCGUCAUGGCCGUGGGCCUCGUCGGCAACGCCUGCCUGGUGCUCGUCGUCACGCGCAACAAGGAGAUGCGCAACGUCACCAACGUCUUCAUCGUCAACCUGUCGUGCUCCGACAUCCUCAUGUGCGUGGUGUGCCUGCCCGUCACCAUCAUCUACACGCUGAUGGACCACUGGGUCCUGGGCGAGGCCCUGUGCAAGCUCACGCCCUUCGUGCAGUGCAUUUCGGUCAGCGUGUCCGUCCACUCCCUCGUGCUCAUCGCCGCCGAGCGCUACCAGCUCAUUGUGCACCCCACCGGGUGGAAGCCCGCGGUGAGCCAGUCCUACAUGGCCGUGGCCCUCACCUGGAUGGUGGCCUGUCUAAUCUCGGUGCCUUUCCUGUCUUACAGCGUGCUCUCCCUGCCCUUCCACAACCUGAGCGUCCCCUUCCCCGUCAGCGAUCGGCCCCUUUGCGUGGAACAGUGGCCGUCGGUCCAACAGCGGCAGGCUUACACCACCUCCCUCCUCGUCUUCCAGUACGCCCUCCCCCUCGUCCUCAUCAUGGCCUGCUACCUGCACAUCUACCUGCGCCUGAGGACGAGGCGGGACGCGGUGGAGCGCGGCAGGAGCGCCGGCGAGCGGCGCCACAAGGGCGCGGUGCGCAUCAACACCAUGCUGGCGGCCAUCGUGGCGGCGUUCGCCGUCUCCUGGCUGCCGCUGAACGCCUUCAACGCCGUGUUCGACUGGCACCACGAGGCCAUCCCCACCUGCAGCCACGACGCCAUCUUCUCCUUCUGCCACCUCACGGCCAUGGCCUCCACCUGCGUCAACCCCGUCAUCUACGGCUUCCUCAACGGCAAUUUCCAGAAGCAGCUCAAGUCCACGCUGCUGCGCUGCCGCUGCUGGGCGGCGGCGGAGCGCUACGAGAGCGUCCCGCUCUCCACCGUCAGCACGGAGGUCACCAAGGGGUCAGUCCUGAGCAAUGGAUCCGCCAGCAUCAAUACCUAAGCCACGCCUUUUCAGCGAGACGCAAAGAGACGACGGGGGCCUCCGUCGUCUCUUUUGAAUGCGAGUCAGGCGUUGUUGUGUGCAAAGGCCACAGUGACUUUUGGUAAGUUAUAAUAUCAUCACAGCAGCAGAGUGAGCGCACUGAGCCACUGAGGAAUACACCAGUUUAGUACCGGAGAGGGAGCAGAUAACACAACGAUGGUGCAAAGGUUGGACAGUUACAGACUGAAGCGCUCCUGCAGCUGCACAGUGUGUAUAGUUCAUCGCCCACAAGCUGAGGGACGUGCGAAGCUGGAGAGCCAUUUAAUCUGAUGGACUGAUGUCAUGUUUUCUGCCUGGCUGGGUAAAUGAACGUCAGCCAUUCAGGGUUCAUUUUUACAUGCUGUAAAUUUGAGCAAAGCCACUUUUGAAACAGGGUUUGGGCUUAUUUUCUCUCUUUUUAUGUUAAUAUCAUUAAUGAAAACGAUCACGUGUUAACGAUUACUGACAGACUGCAGAACAUAUUUCAUGAAACUAUUCGUCCCGCUGGCAAAUCCUGACUUAGUUACUUUUAUUCAACCACAAAAGUUUUUUUUUUAUGUUUUCACUGGAAAUGUAACAGGCUGCUCCCAAAAGAUAAUGAGACGAACUACAAGUGUGUUACAUUGUGGGAAAGAAAAACGCAAGAUUACUCGUCUUUCAUUUACAUUUGAACUAUUAGUUACAUUUUCUACAUUACUCGUUGCUUCUCAGUAAUCAAUAGACAAUGAGCUCCAACUCUUUCAGGUUAAAGGGUCUAAAUAAAAGAUGAGUAAUCAUUUAUGCCACAAGGAUGCCUCUUGUACAUCAUCUUAUUAACUUAUAAGAUGUUUAUGUCAUUUCUGAUCAAAAAAAACUUGCCAGUUGAAUAAAAGUAACUUAGUAACAAGAAUUUGCCAGGCAUAUGAAUAAUUUCGGGCUCAACUGUAUAUAUGGUCAUUAUUCUUUAUUGUGUACAUAGGAUGGCUUCUCUCAUAAAAUGUGCCAACAACAUGUCAAGUGCCAUAAAAUAAAGUAAAAAGGGCAGUAAAGGACUUAGUCAGGGUAGGUCUUCUGUAUAUAAUGCCACUAAACACAUGUUAAGGAUGUGACUCACUUACAUUUUGUGGUGUGGUCGGCAAUAAAGCGCCUGUUGUAGCAUAGCAGACAUGUCCUAGGAAACCUGUUGUUAGUCACGUCUUGUUGUGUUGGUGAACUGAAUUAAACUUUUAUUAUCUUUAACAA